GAUACAAAGUACCUGAUAAUAUAUGUGCAAACCAGUAAUGAAGAACACAGUGCUAGCUUUUGUUCUUCUCUUUGCCCUAAGCUUACAACCACCACUCAGAGCAACUGAUGCACCAGCAGAGCCAGUAGUUGACACAUCAGGGAAGAAACUCCAAGUUGGUCAGAGUUACUACAUUGUUCCAGCUAUGAGAACCUUCACAAGAUGUGGAAAGUUCGAAUGUUUGAAUGCUGAAGGCCUUUCACUUGCCAACAUUGGUGAGACAUGCCCUCUUGACGUUGUGGUUGUGCAAAGAUCUUUUGGCUUGCCACUGUCAUUUUCACCCUUUGACACCAACGAAGGUGUUGUUCUUGAGUCCACUGAUUUGAACAUCGUGUUCUCCACCGAUCGUACUAGUUGUGAUGAGUAUUCUCUGGUGUGGAAAUUGGACCACUUUGGUGGCUCUAAAGGAGAGUGGGUUGUGACCACUGGUGGCUCUAAGGGGAACCCUGGUAGGAGAACCAUACGCAACUGGUUCAAAAUUGACAAGUGUGAUGGUGCUUAUAAAAUUGUUUAUUGUCCCAGUGUGUGCCUUUCUUCCAAACACUUGUGCAAGGAUGUUGGUGUUUUUGUGGAUUGGAGAAUGGCAAUAGGCGUUGGCUUCUCAGCGAUGUCCAUUCAAAGUUAAGUUCCAGCUUGCACAAUCC